AUGCCCGCCAACGGCAACGAUGCGUGGUCGGCAGCCCAGGCGCUGUCCAUAUCGCCCGAGCCCGGUCUCGCCUCACCCACGCGGCGCGCCUCGCCAUCCGCCACAUCGUCGCCCGACCCUCCUCCGCCCUGGGCUCGCCGGUCCCCGUCCUCGCGGCGGCUCUCGACGACACGCUUUGCCCGCCACCAGCCGCCGGCGCUGACGCGGGCCCUGCGUGCCGCCCACAAGACGGCCAACAACCUCUGGGUGCUCUACCUGCGGCUGCCGCCGGUGCAGCGGCUCGCGCUGACGCUGGCGCUCAUCGUCGUCAACGUCGUCCUCCUCCUCUUCGUCAUCUACUCGCACGCCAUCUUCGCGUGGCUCGCGCCCGUGUCGCACCGCUGGCGCGCCCUGCCCGGCGGCUGGGUGCUCGCCUGGCUCUUCACCUUUGCGACGGCCUUUCCGCCCGUCAUCGGCUACGGCACGUCCGUGACCGUCGCCGGCUUCGUCUACGGCUUCCCGCACGCCUACCCCAUCGUCGCGACGGCCACCGUCGCCGGCAGCCUGACGGCCUUUUACACGUCGCGCACCGUCUUCAGCGGCUACGUCCACCGCCUCGUCGGCGCCGACCCGCGCUUCGUCGCCCUCGGCCACGUCCUCCGCAGCGACGGCCUCGGCAUGCUGACGGCCGUCCGCUUCUGCCCGCUGCCCUACAGCGUGUCCAACGGCUUCCUCGCCACCGUGCCCGCCGUGCGGCCCGCCGCCUUCGCCGCCGCCACGGCCCUCGCGAGCCCCAAGCUCCUCGUCCACGUCUUCAUCGGCUCGCGCCUCGCCCUCAUCGCCGACAAGGGCGACGCCAUGACCGCCGCCGACAAGGCCGUCAACUACACCUCCAUGGCCCUCGGCGGCCUCGUCGGCCUCGCCGUCGGCUGGCUCAUCUCCCACCGCACCAUGGCCCGCGCCGCCGAGCUGGCCCUCGAGCAGCACGACCACGCCCACCCGGACCACGACCACCGCAGGCGCGGCAGCGACGGCUCGUCGUCUCCCGCCCGCGGCGCCGCCCGCGGCCAUGCCGACUUUGACUACGCCGACGUCGAGGCCGGCCUCGUCGACCCCGAGGACGUCGCGGCCCUCAUGAACGAGGAUGACAUUAGCCUCUGGGGCAACGAGGAGGAUGCGCGGUACCGGGACGAGGACGAGGCCGGGGGCCAGGAGACGGGCGUCGUGGACGACGCGCGGCGGUCGAAGACUGGGAGGAGAGAGUAG